AUGAAAAGUAUACUAGAUUUUCUUGUCAAAUCUCAUGUUGAAAAGAUUAAACAGCCCAUUUUUAAACUUUAUUCAUCUCAAAUAGAAAUUUUGCAAGAGCCUAUAGAUUUUUAUUUGCAACUUCAUAAAGGAGUAAAGUAUUCUUCCAAAAGAAUCUUGAUGAGCACCCUUUAUUUCGGGACAGGCAAUCUUGAGAAAUAUUUGGUAGCUUAAAUUGAUAAUUCUAUAAAAAGAAACAAAAAACUUAAAGUAGGAAUGCUAAUGGAUUACAUGAGAGGUAAUCGUGUUAACAAAAGAUAAGAAAGUUCUCGAACUCUUGUAGAGAAUUUAAAAAGAGAUAAUCUACAUAACAACAAUGUAAAGCUGGCAUUUUACUAUAAUCCUUCUACUAAUAAAAUAUUGACUCUUGAUAGUGAAAGUGGUUUAAGAGAAAUCUUCGGAGUUCACCAUAUGAAAUUCUAUGUAUUUGAUGAUGAUAUUGUAUUAACAGGGGCUAAUUUAAGUGAAGAUUAUUUUGUUGAAAGGCAAGAUAGAUAUUUUUAUAUCAGAAAUGCUCCUGAAUUAGCUAAUUACUUACAAGAUCUAUUUGAUGUCAUCUCUAAUAAUAGUUAUUAAAUUCACGAAUCUGGUGAAUUAGUUCUUUUUAACAAUUAGCCAAAUCCUGUCAAAUAAACACAAAAAUUCAUUAAGGUUUUCAAAAAUCAGUUUAAAAUGUUCUUAUAUUCUAAUUAAAUCGAGCCUAAAACUAUUUCUUUUACAGACUAAAAUUUAAAACCUUAAAAUUCAGAAGAAACAAUUUUAAACCAAGAAAAUAUGGAUUCGAAAGUGACAGACUCACAUGAAACUAACUAAGAGGAUUAAUAAUAAUAAGUAGAAGAAGAAGAAGAACCUGAAAUUAUUGAUAUUACUCCUGAUAAUUAUUUUUAAGAAAAUAAAUAAAUUUCGCUUGAGCUAUAAGAGAAAAAAGAAAAAGCUACUUAACUACUUUAAAACAGCUUCAAUGAAGUGGAAAUACACUAGAUCAUGAGAAAACUAGAAGAUACCCUAUUCUACGAAGAUAAAAGAAAGAGUGGAGAGUUAGCUGAGCUAGGUGGACCAGUUUACUUUUUCCCUACUAUUUAACUCAGUGCAAUAAAUCAUAUACAAGAUGAGCAAUUCUUUUUAGAAUUUUUAGAUUAUAUUGGAAGUAACGAAGGCUAUUAACUUAAAUUUGCAAGUGGAUAUAUGAAUUUUACAGAUAAAAUAAUCCAAAAAAUAAUGAAUAGCAAAUUUUAAUAUUAACUUGAUCUUUUAACAGCGGCUCCUUAAGCUAAUGGCUUCUUUGAAGGAGGAAGAGUAAAAAAGCACAUUCCAUUUUUUUAUAGAUAUUUCGAGUAUAACUUGUUGAAGCUCGCCUUAAAAUUUAACAGAAAGAAUAUUAGAAUUAAUGAGUAUUCAAGAGGAUAGUGGACAUUUCACUCAAAGGGGCUUUGGUUGUAUGAAAACUAGGUAUAAAAUGGUGAAAGUAAUUAUGUUUCUAAUCCAUAUCCUGUAUUUACAGCUAUAGGAAGCAGUAACUAUUGCAAUAGAAGUUAUUAAAGAGAUACUGAAUUGCAAUUCUACAUUUACUCAUAAUGUAAUAAAUUUUCAAAGGAAUUGCAUAUAGAAAACGAAAGAUAAUUUAACUACUCAUAAGAUGUAACAGAAAAAAAAUUAUCUUAUAAAGAAUACGGAUUAAGUUUAUCAGUUGUAGCUUUUGCCAAAUUUUUAAGAUCCUUUUUAUGA